UUUACAUGGUUUUCUCGGAACGAAGCGAAAAAUCCGACCGAGAUGAAGGCUAAAAUCAUCUAAAUAUUUUUUGUUGUAGAUAUUUCUCGUCCACGUUCGCAUCACAAGUGAGGAUGAUACGUGGCAGCCGGGUGCAUAUCGGCCUUUUGGCCAGUAUUUUCUUAAUAAACGGAGUUUUAUGCUCUGUCGAAGAGGCCUGCCAUUCGUUCGCCGGCGGCAGCGUCUACCCUCACACAUCGGGGGUCGAGACUGUUGACCACAAACUACAGCAUUCAAAAGCUGUCAUUUCAAAGCAAGCUCCUUAUUGGGAAAGUAUUGCUGUCGUCAAUGGUGAGAUGACCGAGCUGAAAUUGACCGACUACAGAGGGAAAUACUUGGUUUUGUUUUUCUACCCGCUCGAUUUCACAUUUGUAUGCCCCACGGAGAUUCUAGCGUUCAACGACAGGAUCCAGGAAUUCCGCGAUUUGAAUACCGAGGUUGUCGGGUGCAGUGUCGACUCACAGUUUACUCACCUCGCCUGGAUGAACACACCAAGGAAAGAAGGUGGGCUGGGCCCUUUGAAUAUACCUCUACUUUCAGAUCUAACGCACAAAAUUUCCAAGGAUUAUGGAGUCUACUUGGACGACGUGGGACAUGCUCUGAGAGGGUUAUUCAUUAUUGAUCAUAAAGGAGUUCUUAGGCAAAUCACGAUGAAUGAUUUGCACGUGGGACGAAGUGUCGACGAGACGCUGAGGUUGGUCCAAGCAUUCCAGUACACCGAUAAACAUGGUGAGGUCUGCCCUGCAGGGUGGAAACCUGGCCAAGAUACUAUAAUUCCAGAUCCAGUUAAGAAGAAGCAAUUUUUCGCUAAGCAGGAUUUGAAACAGAAGAAGAAAACGGCAAAAAAGAAUUAGCUCAUAACUGAUAAUGUUUAAACAUUCCCCCCCCCC